AUGUCAACAGCUGAGCCCACUUCCGCUGAGCCUUCUGACAGCUUGAAGGUUUCAACGGCUGAGCCGACUUCCGCUGAGCCUUCUGGUGGCUUGAAGAUUUCAACAGCACAGCCCACUUCCGUCGAGCCCCUAACUUUACAAUCAGUACCAGUCGAGCCAGACACUACUACAUCGUCCACCACCAAGACAACCUUUCGUGAUCCAGUGUCCGCUGUGGCCACUGCCAGCUCGUCACUGGCGUUUGCGAAGAACACAACCAGCAUACCAGGCUGGAAAGUGAAAAAUGCCUGUGGAUUUCCCCUUCGGGUGCUCUACUAUGUUCACACGGCUCCGAAUAACUUCCACAUGCGUCGGUUUUUGCGCUAUAGCAUUGGCAAUCCGGCUGUCGCCACGUUCGUGAACUCCUCUAUCGCCUUCUUCGUCGGCAAGACCACGAACACGGAAUUGAGCGAGGAGCUACAUGCGGAGGCGGAAUGCGAAGGUGACCUGGUGCUGCUAGACCAUGUAGACACCUACCGGGACCUGACAUUGAAGUUCAUCGGUGCCACGAAGUGGCUGGCUGCUAACGGCUGCCUCAGUUCAUCGACAGAUGUCAUCGUUAAACUGGACGACGACGUCAUCGUCAAUGCGUUUCUUCUGGCAUCUUACAUCAAGCGACGCAUGGCCGCAACCGAAACUCGCAACCUGGAAACGAUACACUGCGCCAUUAUGCCGCCAAUAUACCUCAAGCCUAUGCGCAGCAAGAAAUCUAAAUGGUUCGUCACAGAGGAAGAGUACGACAAUGACAUUUACCCUCCUUUCUGCAGUGGCGCCGCCUACCUCAUGAAGGCGUCCGUGCUGGCCUUGCUGGGUAAGGCAACUGGCAGUGUUCCGUUCUUUUGGGUGGAUGACGUCUACGCCACAGGUCUACUGCGGAUGGCGCAGAACGUGACUUUGGUGAACAUCACGCACAUGUACAGUAUCGUGCCGUCGUACAGAACGACUUACAUAAGCAACAAGACUCUGUUCUUUCAUUGGGGUCAGACACCCAGACUUUUCAAGAGAGCUUACCGGCUGUGGGCUAGUGUGCUGCGUCAAUAUCUAAAUAUGUGA